CCCAUUUAUUUUCUGUCUCUAAAAUUUUCUCUCUCGAAGCUCAGAGGAGUCUGAGUUGUUCUUCAGCUAAUCUCAGUCUCAAUCAGGGUUUGAGAAGAGACAGCAUUACUCAUUGACAAUGUCGGUCAUGAUAACUACCAGUUUGGGGGAUAUUGUUAUAGAUUUACACACGGAUCGGUGCCCAGUCACUACCAAGAACUUUUUGAAGCUCUGCAAGAUUAAGUACUUCAAUGGGUGUCUGUUCCAUACGAUACAGAAGGAUUUUACUGCUCAGACUGGUGAUCCUACAGGAAAGGGAGAUGGAGGUGAUUCUAUCUACAAGUUUCUUUAUGGUGACCAGGCCCGUUUUUUUGGAGAUGAGAUCCAUCAAGAUUUAAAGCAUUCUAAAACUGGAACUGUUGCAAUGGCCAGUGGUGGAGAGGGUCUUAAUGCUUCCCAGUUCUAUUUCACAUUGCGUGACGAUCUAGACUAUCUUGACGGGAAACAUACGGUUUUCGGGGAGGUUGCUGAAGGUUUGGAGACAUUAACGAGAAUAAAUGAAGCAUAUCUAGACGAGAAGGGUAGGCCAUACAAGAAUAUCAGGAUCAAACAUACUUAUAUUCUGGAUGAUCCCUUCGAUGAUCCUCCCCAGCUUGCCAGUUUGAUUCCCGAUGCCUCUCCAGAAGGAAAGCCACUAGCUGAGAUUGAUGAUGAUGUGCGACUCGAAGAUGAUUGGGUGCCUAUGGAUGAACAACUGGGUGCAGGAGAGCUUGAGGAGGUUAUUCGGCAAAAGGAGGCACAUUCUAGUGCUGUGGUUCUUGAGAGUAUUGGUGACAUUCCUGAUGCUGAUAUGAAACCUCCAGAGAACGUUUUAUUUGUUUGCAAGCUUAAUCCAGUUACUGAAGAUGAGGAUUUGAAUACAAUCUUUUCACGCUUUGGAACUGUAGUAUCUGCUGAGGUGAUCCGUGAUUUUAAAACUGGAGACAGCCUGAACUAUGCUUUUAUCGAAUUCGAAACAAAUGAGGCCUGUGAACAAGCUUAUUUUAAGAUGGAUAAUGCUUUGAUUGAUGAUCGGAGGAUACAUGUGGACUUUAGUCAGAGUGUUUCUAAGCUGUGGGGUCAAUACAGGCGUAAAGAGCAUCAAACUGGUAAAGGGAGAGGUUGUUUCAAAUGUGGUUCCCUUGAUCACAUGGCCAAAGAUUGCACUGGAGACCCUUCUGUGAAAGCACAAAAUCCAAAGUACGUUCUAAAGGAUGGGAACUCCCAGCGUGGUGGAAAUGAGAAUUAUGAGAUGGUCUUUGAGGGAGACACCACUGAUGGCUCUGGACGAGAAAAGAGGAGGGAAGAACGUGACUCGGAUAAAGAUUUGAAGAAACGAAGGGUGGAUAGAGAACGUGAGAAUGACCUGAGACAUAAAGGGCAGGACACGAGAAAUGAUAAAAGUAGGCAUGAUGAUAGAAGUAGAGGUAGAGAUAGAGAGGACGAGAGUUACCGAGGGAGUAGGCAUGGUGGAAGCAGGAGACCCGAGGACGAUAAGUAUGAGAAAGAACGGUUGCCUAGAGACAGUGACCAUAAGACCUCUAGGAAUGAUGUGGUACGGGUAGGUGACCGUGAUUACAGGAAUACUGACAAAGCAGACAGGAGAAGUGAAAGUGAUAAUAGAAACAGAGAAAGUGACAGUGAUUCUAGGAGACCUGACAAAGGAGUCAGCAGAGGUGAUAGUGCUCGCCGAGACAAGGAGAGCAGCCGUGAUUACAUGAGAAAUGACAAAGAAGGAGAUAGGAGAGGUGAGAAUGAUCGUAGAAACAAAGAGGGUGAACGCGACUAUAGGAGAACUGACAAAGAAGGAGAUAGGAGAAGUGAGAGUGAUCGUGUAAACAAAGAAAGUGAAGGAGGCAGGAGGAAGGAUAGAGAUUACAGAAAACAUGACAGUGGCGAGGGCGGCAGGAGGAGGGACAGGGAUCAUAGAUGAUUCCACGCAACUAGGAAAUGUCCGAGGUAAUGAAAUUUGUAUCUAAACAUAUGUUGUAGUAGUGAAAAACGUAAUUGUCAGAGUAGAGAUAUUUCGGUAUCUGAAACUCAUUUUAUUUCAUAGAUGCAAGUGGUGCAUUUUCCAGAAGCUUUUUUUAUCCCGAGUAUUGGCCUCCAUUUGUAUGUGCCGAAGCACGGGAAACAGUAAAAAGCAGCAGCAGCAGUCCUCAGUUUGUGAAGGAUGAUAUUUCAUUUUGAUUUCGAUUUCAAACAUGUUUAUGGAAGUGUUAAAUUUUAUUUUCUUGG